AUGGCUCGCAAGGGACAGGUUACUAUUCAAGAGACGGUAGAAACUAACGAGGAGUUUGAAGAAGCUUUGACAAACAAUUUUAAUAUACUUAUUUGUAUGGAAGUAUACUCAGACUUCUGUGGUUAUUGCUUGGCUACCUCAAACGCAGUUAGAAAAGGAAAACUUGAAUUAGGUCAGGAGCGUAUCUUCAUGGUUAAGGCUGUAGCUGAUAACAUAGAUGCUUUGGAGAGAUUUAAAAACCGGAGCGAACCCAUUUUCCUCUUUAUAUCGAAAGGCAAACUCACACGUGCAAUGUUCGGUGCGAAUGGACUCGAACUGUGCCGUAUCAUAGAAGAGGAGCUCGAUCUGAUGAAGAAGGAGCAGGACACCGGCAUUGAGAGGCCCAAGCAAGACAUCAGCGAGUUGUUGCCUGAGGAAUCUACAAGAAUAGAAGAACAACUAAAAUUGGAAGAAGAGACACGUGAAGCACAAGAAAGACUUAGAGUGCUGACCACAGCAGCGCGUAAGAAACGCGUAACUGAACAACUGGCCAAGAAUGUGAAACAUAUGAACUAUAUCCUCUACUGGCCACACUGUCACCAGGCGCAUUUGGACUUGUAUGAAAAGUGGGAUUUGAUAAAUGUGUCAGUAGCAGCUAAGGAAACGGUCCAGAUAACCGAAGAAUCGAUCAAAGAAGUCCUGUACAUGAGUGACGUGGAUCCUAACGAAGCGUGUCUAUAUGCUCUCAUGAAAGGAGAAGCGCUGGUGGUUAUGUUUAAAAUGAUGGACAGUGAUACACGGGACUUUGUCAAAUUGAUGCGCUAUGCAAUAUACGAAGAGAUUCCUGUACCGAAAGAGGACGUCCCCCCAGAGAAGCAGAUUCCACCCAUACCGGCAUUUGAACGAUACGCUACUAUUAGCAAAACUGCCAGAGAAGUUAGAAGAGAGAGAUAUGAAUUGAAAAUGCAAAAACUGCGUGAAGAAAGAGAAGAAAGGGAACGUUUGGCAGCGGAACAGGCACGCCUUGCUAGAGAAGCAGAGGAAGAGAGAUUGAGACAGGAGAAACAGAGACAAGAAGAGGAGCGAAUGGCUAGAAUUCAAGCUGGGUUACCAGCUGAACCGGAACAGGAACCGGAACCAGAAGUAGAAGGAGAAGGUUUAGAAGGAGAAGAGGCAUUAGAAGCUUAAUAACAGCCGGAAAAACUAGAAGAAGAACAAGUUGAGGCAGAGGAAGAAUUUCACUCAGACGUUUCUAUAGAAGAUGAGGAGUACAUUCCUCCUGGUGGUCUGUUCGUGCCAGGGUUGUAUACUCCACCGAAUGAUUUGGCCAAGUCUUGUGGAUUGGCUUACUUCUUUCCGAAGGCGGUGAGCCAAAUAACUGCAAUAGAGAGUGAAUACUUACCGAAGCAUGUCCUAGUGAUGUUCGCUAUCGACAAACGGCACGACGUCAAAGAAAUUAUGGACCAGUUCCCCGGCGAAGUGAUAAACUACGGAGUAUUCGUGGGCGAUGAACCAACGUCCGCAGAGCAUGUAGCGUUCACCAUAAAGCAAUACGACAAAAUGACGAGAAUUAGAAAACACAAAGACCGCCUGGCACUCAUGGUCUCGAGGAAACGCAGUCUGCCACUGCUGCAACUGGCGGGCUUGAACCCAUGCUACAUCAGCCAGGACACUGAUGCAGGGGAGCGCGACUGCCUCACACUAUUCCCCGUUGGCUACGGUGAUAAUUAUGAGGAGGAGGAGAGCGUUGAGGAAGAGGAAGUCAAGGAAGUUGUAGCAGAACAGCAGGAAUCAGAAGCCGAUGCUGAUGAUGAUGAUGACGAUGAUAUUUUUUUCCAGGUGGCUGUCGAGGAAUGCGUUGAAGAAGAAGAAAAUGAGGAGGAGGAAGAUUAA